UUUGUCAAAUUACAAAUCACAGCUACACUUGGUGGCUAGAUUGGCUGCUAAGCACAUCAUUUUUUUUUUCAGUGAGGUCAUUAAGUGUCACGGUCGUUAUCUUUAUAAAUGCGGAGAAACCAGUUUACCCUUGGACACAUGCCAUGCCAAUGUUAUACGUCCACACUACCUUGGUCCCUAGCUAAAGCGUAGUCCAGUCCCUGUUCUCUUUAUACCGGGGAGAACCCAGACGCUGGGGAAAUGGGAUGGAAUUCAUCCCCAGUCUUUUCGCUUAAUUUAUCAAAAAUUCAAGAUGGCUUCCGUAGCUAUACAGUAUUAGGGGUCUUCACGCACAAUGAGUGUUAUUUCACGCGCCAAUUCCUUAGCUCUUCAAGGUUACAAACACUGUUGUCAUGUAAUGUUACAUACUCCUGUGGAGGAAAAGUUAUUUGGCUUUUAUCCUCUAAAACAGGCUGUCUUGAUGCAGCUUCGUUUUGAUGGCCGAAUGGGAUUUCCUGGAGGAUUUGUGGAUGAUUCUGAAGAUCUCGAGACUGCUAUUAACAGAGAGGUUGUCGAAGAGCUUGGAGAAACAACAAAUCCUGUUAGCAUUACCAAAGAAAACUAUGUGAUCUCUCAUUUGUAUGAGGAGUAUGUAUCCGAGCUGGACAUCGCAAAGAAGCUUUGUCUCCACUUCUUUGCCAAAAAAGUUCCCUUAGAACAAUUCUUUGAACUUGAAACAAGGAGACAUGGGGGACCUAAUUUAGGUUAUGAGGUCCUUGGGCUUGUUCGCUGUCCGGUGUACAUCUUGAGAGACAAACGAGGCGGGCUUCCGUCAUUUUUAAGACAUGACUUUGUAGGAAAUUCUCGACAACAGCUGCUAAUCGGCUUGGAACACGAAGGGAUAUUAACUCCAGAGGAGAUCAAGGAAGUCGUGCAACUCUCUCGAUCAAUUCCAGCGUCGGCGGCUAAAUUGUGACAGUAACAGUGUUUGAUAUUGCCGGGGAAGUUGAGGUAUGUGGAACUAAUUUCAGUUGAUAAUGGCAAUUAACAAUGCCAAUUGCUUUUCUGGGGAGGAGUGAACGUGCAGUCAGUUUUGGGCUUGAUGCGUGGAUGAUGUUGAUGAAGGCUGGAGGUUCCCUUAAAACCUUGGAGAAGUGGCUGUUUAUUCUGGUCCAUUCUUGGGUGUGCAAGCUUAAUAAACGAUAUUCCUUUGUCACCAUGGAAAAGAUCUAAAUGUAAUCGCAAAGCAUGACUUUUUUCACGAGCGAACAGCGUUCUACAGGAGAACUAUGGCCAUUUUGCUCACACGAUUUCACUCUCGGUGAACACUAAUAUUAUUAUGAAUAUUAUUAUUUAUUGUUGUGAUUAGUAUUUUUUUUUAUUGUUACUACUGUUGUAUAAGCGAGUUUGUAUUCUAAACGCAGAUUAUUAUUGUAAAGCUUUUUUAAAAUUUCCCCCUGGCAAGUUUUUUUUUCAUGUUUUUUUUUUCUAGUAGCAAAUUCGAAAGCAACUGAUUUCUGGAACUCAGUGGCUGGUCCAUUGGGCGAUGAAGGUUUUGUAGAUUUAUUCGUUAAUCCAAAGAUAACAAUUACGUGCAUUAUUGUAAACGGCAAUAAACGAUAUUAAGUGUGAAAAAUGUCUGGGAAUCUUUUUAAGCGUUUUCUCUUAUGCUUGUUUGUUCAGCUUGUUUUUGUAACUCCCCAACCUUCAUAAAAAGUCCUGUUAUUUAAUUAAAUAACUCGCAAUUUAGUCGCUUAUUUGGCGAUUGAUUUAACCACUGAACUGUGCGAUCAUCAUCAUUAUUUCUUAGUGGUACCGGAUCUAAAUUUAGAUAGUUUUAAUUAUC